AUGGAGCUGGCGGGGCGGGGGGGCAGCCACUCGCCGCGGACCGUCCCGCAGGUGGGGCGGCUGGAGCUGAGCGAGGGCCUGAGCCUGGUGGUGCUGGUGCCACGGGGGCCCCUGGGAGCGCUGGGGACCCUGGAGCAGGCGCUGGACCCCCCGGCCUUCCUGGGGCUGCUGCGACGGGCGGCCCGCACUCCGCUUCAGGCCACCGCCCUAGCCCUGCCCCGCCUGCGCCUCGACCUCGCCCUGGACGUGGUGGCCAUGGUCCACGACAUGGACUAUGGGCUGUUCCUGGACGCGGAGCUGUGCGGGCUGGCGCAGGGCCCAGCGGUGGCGGUGGACGCGGCAAGGCACCGGGCGGUGCUGGCACUGGACGAGGCCGGCGUGGAGGCGGCGGGCGCCAUGGCCACCUCGGUGGCGCGCACGGUCCUGCUGCUGGAUGCCCUGCGCCCCUUCCUCUUCGUCCUCUGGCACGAUGCCGGCGCCGUCCCUCUCUUCAUGGGCCGCCUCAGCGACCCCCAGCCCUGACCCCUGCCCGCACCCCGGCCCCUGCCUGCCUGCCUGCUGCCCCCCCCGCCCCCCUGCUUCCUCUUCUCCCUCCUUCCCUCCAGCCCUUCUUCCCUCUCUCCCUGGUCUCUCCCGCCCUCCUGCCUCCCAUCCCUCCUUCCCUUGGCCCUCCAUCCCUCCUUCUUUUCCCUCCCUCCUUCCCUCGUCCCUCCCUCCUCCCUCCCUUCUUACCCCCCUUCCAACCACCCUCCAGCCCCCAUCCUUCCCCCUCUUUUCGCUCCCUCC